UGUGGGUGAUUUUCAAGGAAGGCAAGAACAAUCAAAUCUGUAAAUCUAUACGUAGGAUGCACACUACGGCGGACAUUUGUACCUAACAGUUGUAGCACAUUGCUGGAUAGCAGCAGAGUCAAACUGUUUUAAAAAUAGUGGAUAGCCAUCCACUCCUUAGAAGAGUCUAGUAUGUAAGAAAUUAUCUGAACGAAUGAUCGAACAAACAGACAAACGAAUAAACAAACGACGUUGGGUUAUAAGUCACGGUAUAUAACCUUCAAUGACUCGUGUAUAACAGUAAUUACAUUAUUCAUUACUAAGUUUUGUUGUCUAUGAUCGGAUUAAUUUGACUUCAAUUAGAAAAGAGAUGAAUUAUAAUACCAUGAGACAUAGGUAGUCAUUUAUUGCACAGAAAUGGAGAAGGAGAGAGAAGUUGUAGAGAUACACAGAUAUAAAAUCAAGCUGCAAUCAAGAGAAAAAAAGGAAGGACUAAACUAAAAACUAAGUAUUAUCAGUAUUGUCUGCCAUAUGCCUAGCCGUUGCAUAUCAUAAAGUUGAUUUAUGUUCCAGGGAAGUUAAAGGAAGAUACCAAGAGGUUUGUGUUACUUGUGGUUUAAGUAUUAUAUCAUUAACGAAUAGAAAUGUUCUUUUAGCUACCUAGAUUCUUAACUCGAAAGCUAGUUGAACAAAAGCGUUUCGUACAAAGCUACAGGGAUAGUUGACGAACCAAUCCAUUAUAAAGAUUACAAAGAAAAUGUCGGCUUCAAAUAACAGUACAAACAACAAUAAUGGAAACUUCACAGCCGAACUCCCAACGCUUUUUUCUCUUCCAACAGUUUGUAUGUUCUUUACACUGUACAGUUUAGUGUUAUUGAUUGGAAUUCUUGGCAACGUCUUAACCUGUGGAGUCAUUUUACUUCGCAAGUCAAUGCGAAGGUCGAUACAUUUUUAUACGUUCAAUUUAGCCACAUGCGACCUCCUGAUAUUGUUAUUUUAUGUUCCAAAUCAAUUAGCCUACAUAUAUGAGCAAAUGAACUGGAAGAUGGGUUUAGCAAUGUGUAAAAUCAGUUAUUUUAUUUUACCAAUAGCUCUGGUUAGUACCAUAGGAACACUACUAGCCAUCACUAUAGAUCGAGCAAGAGGAUUGUUGCAGCCGUUUAGAUGGCGCUCAGAUUCAACAAGAAUCGCAAAAAUCGCUAUUCCAAUUAUAUGGUUCUUUUCUAUAAUUUUAAACAUUCCAAUGUUUAUUGUACCCCAAGUUAUGCAGCACCAGAUUUACACAGUAUGCUCAGAAGUAUGGCCGAACACAAAAAUUGAGACAUAUUAUUGGUUCAGCAUGUUUAUUGUUGUCUUCGCCAUUCCAUUGGCCAUCAUCUUUAUACUCCAUGUGGUAAUGGUAGCCAUAAUACGGAAAGAAGAAAAUGUAGUUCAUCGAAGACACAAUAAGAAAAUGAUGCACUUGACAGUUGCGGUUGUUAUUGUUUUUACAGUUUCAACUGGUUUUCAGCAUGUUUACUUUUUUUUAACCGUAUACGGGGAAAUAUCGUUGAAAAUUAAAGAAGCUGCCCUGCUUUACUGCAUAUCAAACUUUGUUGUCUCGCUUCAAGCUUCUUUGAAUCCAAUUAUUUACGGCACGCUACGUCACGAUUUCCAAAAAGCAUUCAAAAGCAUAUUCGUUAAAUUGAUGGACAAAUUAAAACUGCAUAAUUUCUUCUGUUUUUCAUUUGGGGGAGCAAUGACAACGGCUACCUCAGUGAACUCCUUGUCGAUAUACAUGCCCCGAUUGGAUUGUCACAAUGAACCAGCUAACCAUAAAAAUCUAUCAAUUCUCAAUUUUGGCAAUACUAGCCAGUGUACAGAAUACGAAAGAGCUUGCUCUAAAGUAAGAUUUCUCGACGUAGAAAAUGAUCAAUGCGAUGAUGAACUAGAUUUUAAUGGAAAUCCAUCUAAAGUGGAUCAUCGUUUAUUAGGCUUCAGUGGUAAAGAUUCUUUGAAUUUUGGGUUUAAUUUUGAGACUACGUUUGCAGAAACGCCUAGCUAUGAAAUAAUCAAAGACAUGAAAGAAACUAUCUUGUGACUGCUUUUGUUAUAGAUGACUAGCUUUAAAAUCGAUUACUCUUGACAAAGGAACUUCACAACUUGUUAACAAGAAAAGCCUUUUGUAUAGAAUUUACAGUACCUACUUAACAGCUAGCUAGCUAUGCAAUAAAUAGAAGUAUUAAACCUUCAAAAAUAUGUAUAUAAAAUUCCCAUGUAUUAACGCAAUAUAAGCUUAAGAACUGUAACAUUGGUUCACAUAGACAACAAAAAUGGUUUUAAACGUCCUCGCUCCAGUCUACUUUUAAACAGUUCAUUUACCCUUUUAUUAGGAAUCGGUUUUUUCGAAUUUUUAGAUUUUUUUGCAUGCAUUAGUAAAUGGAUGCAUGGAUUUUUUUUCACGCUGGGCGAUAUGUUCAGCAGGUCUAAAAACUUCCCUAUCUGAGCUCGAAGAUCCAUUAUGCUUAUACUGUGAUGGAAUAAAUUUUCGCGUGAAUAAACUUUCGGGAGAAUUAAAUUGCGUGAUUCGAUAUUUUUUUUUAUUAUUAGAUUUCGCAAGAAUUUAGUUUUGCCAAUGGAUGAUUUCAA